AUGGAGCCAUCACUGCGUCGGGCGGCUUCGAGCCUCUGCGGGCGUUGCUCCGCAUCGCUGAGGAGACAAUCCGCUGCGCGGCACGUUACGGCGAGGACGAUCUUUGCCAUUGCGACGGUUCACCAUGCCAGAGGCUUCCACUCAACGAUUCCCAAGCACUCGGAUUCUCUCAAGAGGGAUUUCACAACGACUGCCAAGGCCGAGUCCGCCGCCGCCGCCGCCGCCACCGCCAAGUCGCAGCCCGAAACUCCUCCGCUGAGGCUGGCUGAGAACGACCUCUUCCACCCCUUUAGCACGUCGCCGGUCGCCGAGUUUCGCGACCGUGCUGCCUUUAUGAAGCAGCAUGCCUACUGCCCACACCCUCACCACGAGCACACGCGCGUUCCCACGACUGCUUCCAAUGCUGAAGCUGCGGCGACGAAUAGCGGCACCGAACCCCCCGCUCAUGUGGAUUUUGAGUGCCCGGACUGUGGUCUGGCCGUCUAUUGCAGCAAGGAGCACUGGAUGGAUGACUACGAGAACCACCUCAAGGUGUGCGACACGCUGCGUCAGAUCAAUGAGGAUGACCAUGACCUCCGCUCCGGUCGCAUCUUCACCGAGGGCAUCAUGCCCACCCAGCAGCUAGACGAAGCCAGUGUCAACAUGACCAACUGGGACACCUUCAUGUACACGCGCGAGUUUGACGCCGUUAACUCGGACCGCUCGAUGCGCCAGAUUACCCGACUGCUCACGUACCCCGUCACCAUCGGCAGCGUUCUACACGAGCUGAGCCCCUACAGCAUGAAGGACGGAGAGCGAUUGACGGCGGAAGGCCUGAAGAGCUUCAGUGCUCUUCGUUACAGCCUUCACCAGCCCAAGUCCGGUAGCGGAGCAGGCGUCAACCAGCUGAAGCCUGAGGCGCCCCCGGUGCGAAUCUUCAUCCUGGGAGCACGAGCUGAGUCUUCGUUGCCGAGGAGCACGUGGACGCAGCUAGCGUACAUGUUCCCCCAGGCCCGCUUCCACCUCAUCUUCAUCGGACCGGAGAGCAUGGCCAACCGCGACGAUGAGUUCCCGCUGCCGGAGCGCACCCCCUCGAACCCGUGGGGGGCCGUGGUCGAGGACCGCAUCUCGCACCGCAUGAAGAUCAGCACGAUUGUCGACUACUACCACACGAUCCACAAGACAGGCUACUUCGCGCCCUACGACCCUUACUUUGAUUGCUUCGUCCUAUUCCACCCAGGUCUCGGCCACCCGGCCAGCAGCCACGAGUGGGAGGAGACGCUGCCUCAGCUACUCGAGACCAAGGUGCCCAUCAUCAGCACAGGCUACACACAGUCAGACCUGGAGCGCGACGUUGGGUGGGUCAAGAAGACGUCCAACGGCGAGUUUGACGUUCUCCUGGAACCUGGUGAGAACAAGUUCCGCAGUCUCCGCUGGGACCUGAACGACAUGGACCCGCAGGAUAUCAGCUGCGGAAACUGGGGGGUGUGGGCCUUCCGUGGCAAGAGGUAUGUCCCAGUGCACUCUGUUUUACCGAUGAUAUAUCGGCUCUCUUUGGAUGGUGGUCCCAACGUCAAUCCAAACACCACGACAGCUUCUCUCCCCAACUACGACGACAAGUCACGAGAGCUACCGCCGCCGAUGGCUACUACCGCUCCGCCGGCCACAGCGCCGGCGGCCGCUCCACUUCGCCCCAAGUCGACGACAGGUCAUCGCCACCGUCGCGGCCGCAGCAGCCAUACAGCCGGAGGAGCAGGUGCAGGUGCUGGAAAUAACAGCAAUGCGUCGUCGUCAACCUCCGAUCCGCUGUCAGACCGGGUGACAACGUCGCUGAUCCGACGCACCCUGUGCCCGAGCGACAACAAGAUCCGCGACGGCAGCUCGUCUGAUAUCCACGACGUCCUACCUCCGCUCACGAGCCGCAACGACGUCGACCUGCAGCUAUAUGCGCUGGUGGCAAUCAUCCUACGGGACUUUGUGCAGAGCUGGUACGGGCGUAUCACCACGGACGAGGCGUUUGUCGCCGAGAUUGUGCACAUCGUUGCGCACUGCACGAGGGCGAUUGAGCAGCGCCUGCGCAAGGUUGACCUUGAGAGUCUCCUGCUCGACGAGAUACCCGACCUGGUUGAGAGGCACAUGGUGGCGUACCGAGCCUCUCGGCAUCCCGUGGCCAAUGCCCCCGUCCAGGUAGACACCAGACAGGCCUACCACUGCUUGUUCCCGCUGCCGGCUCUGUCGCCCGUCCCCAUCCCGGAGGAGGAGAAGUCGGUCGAGGAGCAGAAGCGCAACGAGACGGUUUACAGGCAGCUUCUCGUCCAGGCUGUACUAGCCGUGCUCCUGCCCACCGAGGACCUCGAGAACGGCUGCCUGACGACCCUGGUGGGUCAGAUCCUGUCGGACCUGAUCAUCGGGAACCUAGUGGCCGAGAAGCUGGCCCAGCCGUGGAUGAUGUGGGAGAUGAUCGUCAUCCUGGCCCGAGUAGUGAACCAGAGACGCGACCCGGCGGCGGCGCCGAGCGCGAGCCGGGUGAAGUUCCCAUCACAGAACAGCAACGACAAACCCGCCAACUCGUCUUCGACACAUACCUUCUUCCUCUCCCUGAUCAACCUAGGUAUAUUCGUAUUCUCGUUGAUCCGGCUCCUGGUCACCACCAUUGUGGACUCGUCAUCCCUGCCCUCUCGGUUCUCGUCGCCGGGCGCCAGAGACAAGGACAGGAAGCAGAAGCAAAAGCUCCCGGAGGCGGCUAUUGCCGGCGAGCCAACGACAGACCACAGCAGUCUAGCUCCUAUACUCGAUUUCCGCGUCUGGUCAUGCAUCGCCACACUGAUAGAGCUUCCCCCGAGAAUGCCUUGGCUACACGGCCUCUUGUCACUGAUGCAGUAUGCCGUUGUCAACGGGCCCGGUCGCAUCGGUGGUCUCGAUAGUACCAUUGACAGGUAA